AUGGUUAGUAAAAUUGGUGUACCACAGGGCUCUGUCUUGAGCCCUCUGCUGUUUCUCCUUUACAUGAACACAGUUGAUUCCUAUAUUCAUAAGAAUACCAAAAUCGCCUGCUAUGCAGAUGAUAUUGCCAUUUGGUGUACAAGUCAAGAUCUUAAAACCUUUCAGAAAUUUCUGAAUCUUAGUCUUAAGGGCAUUGCAACAUGGGCUACAGAUCUCAAACUUACUAUUAACCCCAAUAAGUCUAACUACUGUGUUUUCUCAACUGACCGGAAAAAUCGUGGAACCUUCCAACCGGACUUAAGAAUUGAAGACUCCGUUAUUAAGCGCGUCGAAAAUCCCAAAUACCUGGGAGAGUUUCUUGACCCAGAACUGAGAUUUACAAAACAUACGAAAAUCACAGCAAACAAAAGUCUAAAGAAAUUGAACAUCCUCCGCAAACUCUGCGACACCAACUGGGGCUCAAGAUCAUCAACGUUAAAAAGUACCUACUGCACCGUCAUCAGGCCAGUACUCGAGUACUGUUCCCCCAUUUGGGCACAUGCAUCCGAAUCUGCCAAAGAGACUUUAGACUCAGUCCAAUAUAGAGCUUCCAAAAUCAUAACUGGUGCAGAAUCCUCUGCUAAUAACACCAAGGCUGAACUCGAAAGUGGUCUUGUUUCCCUCGAGAACAGACGGAAACUUGCUACUGUAAAGUUCACAAAUAAAAUCAGAAGCCACAGUAAAGAUCACAUUGCCCACAGAGCCUUCAACGAUUGGACAGGCACAUCAAGGCUUCAGAGAUCAUCAACGCUGCAGUUAGACAGGGAUAUCAGAAGAGCCAUUGGUCUUGCCCAUUCCUCCCUGGACAUAACUCAAGAACCACUCUCUACUUUUAGACCUCCUAAGAGUACUAAAAUCAAUACCUACCUACUUGAACCAUGCUCUAAGAAGGAACCAAAUCAAAUGUUAUUACAGAAAGGCGAAGACACUAUUCGUUCACUUGCAAAAGAAAACAGUGUAUUAAUCUACACAGAUGGUUCCUCUGACAUUGACUGUAAUAGAGGUGGCGCAGGAAUCUCCGUCAUUUAUCCCUCAGGAAAUAAUGUCAAGCUUAAAAGACCCACUGGCCAAAUCGCCUCAAACUUUACUAGCGAACUUGUUGCUAUUAAAGAGGCUCUUGCUCAUUGUCUUUCUUCCCCUACUCCUGAAGACCUAAUAGAAGAAAUCGUGAUUUUUUCCGACUCAAAAUCAGCACUUGAAGCCAUACGUAAUGGUAUGACAAGACUGACACAAGAAAUUAAUUUUUUUCUCCACUCACUCAAGACAACCUGCAUUCUCCAGUGGAUCCCAGCUCAUAUCGGAAUCGAGGGAAAUGAGUGUGCAGAUGCCCUUGCAAAGGAGUUGCGAUUAUGUGAUUUGCGUUGGUCUGGCUCUAAAGUACAGAUUUAUAAAAGUCGAUUAAGAGAAUUUAUUAAGGCAUUUAACUUAUCACUGAUUGUAUUUUAUGAGUGCCAGUGCCAAUCUCUAUUUAUAGGUAUUAUCACUAGAGAUUCUCCCAACAUAUCCAAUGCAUGGCAGAAGUCUCUUCAGCCGCCCGAGAGGGCCAAGGCUUACCUUGCCCAACUGAGUUUUCGUGACCAGAGGCUCUGGGGUGCAAGGCAAAUGUUCCGGUUAGGUGGUAAACUAAUAUUUAGAAACCCACUGCACGAGAUUAGAGUGCAUGAAGGAGCGCCACCAGGUCUGUACGUCACAACUGUCCGGGCGUAUGACUCUGGAAGAAAACCUGUUUUAUAUAACCUACUAGAUGUGAGGGACCAUCAAUAUUUUAGCAUGGAGGCAUCUUCCGGUAACAUAUCCACAGCAAAAAAGAUUGAGAAGAAAGUAGGGGAAUCAUUUGAGAUAAUUGCCGUAGCUAUCAGCCAGGGAGAAACCAAAUUGCGCCAACUGCAAAUAGUCGUCACUGAAUUUAACAUACAUCCACCUAUUUUUGAGCAUGACGUCUACCGGACAGAACUACAUGUUCGUGCAAAAGUUGGAGCUGCAGUUUUGAGGGUAAAAGCCACCGACGAAGACACAGUGUCUUACAAUUCUGAGAUUUAUUACUUACUUGUCAAGCCGGAGGACCCGCGUGGAAGAUUCGUUGUAGAUGCAAGAACAGGACUCUUGACUCUGGCCCGGUCUCUUGAAUCUGGUACAUCAGAACCCACAGUAGAGCUUGGCGUGAUGGCAGUGGAUGGCGGCUCACCAAAACGCAACGACUUCUCAAGAAUUCAAGUUUUAAUCAAGACGAUCUCGGAACCAAGAGACAUUCGUUCAACUAAUGCAACAGGUUCAACCGUCCAAGUAUGUUGGAUGCGUCCGGAGUUUGGACAAGUUCUGGGAUACAUCAUCAAGUACCGUGAAGUUGAAAAACCUCAUGGAGCGCCAUCUUUUCUAAACAUCACAUCUAGUGCCAUAUUACAGUGUUCUACUCUCGUUGAGCUGAAACCAUGGACGGAUUAUGAAUUCCGUGUUUACGGAUGGAAUCGGUUCGAGACUGGACAAGGAAGCACUGUUGGGAGAUUUGGAACAAGGCCUGACUAUUGUCAAAUGAGUAUUUGCCAACAUGGUGAGUGUCACGUGUUAAACGAAGAGCCUGGCUAUCAUUGCGAUUGUACCCCUAGCUGGUUCGGGGACGUCUGUGAUAAGUAUGAUCCCUGCUCUGCUACCCCCUGCGAAAACUUUGGGAUCUGCAGAAACAUUACAAGCUACAAAUAUCGGUGUGACUGUCUUUCUGGUUUUUCCGGCCAAAACUGUAGCGACUUCAACCCUUGUGCUUUAAGACCUUCACCAUGCCUUCAUGGAGGACGAUGUGAAAGUACUGCUAGUCAUAAAUACCAGUGCUACUGUAGCAAAGGAUACUACGGGAAAACUUGUCAGUUUUUUGACCCAUGUUCCAUGGAGCCAUGUAAAAAUGGCGGAAAGUGCCUCAAUGCAUCCCAAGUGGAUUACAAGUGCAACUGUUCUCCUGGAUAUACUGGAAAGCAGUGUGAAACUGAUAUAAACGAGUGCGAUCCAAAUCCUUGUAAACAUGGUGCUACUUGUAGAGAUCUCAUUAAUGCAUUUCAUUGCCAUUGUCCUAAAGGGUACAAAGGAAAACGAUGCCACCAAGUUGAGCAUUGUUCGAUGGACACAACUUAUUCCAAGAAAGGGGUGUUUCGUUGGAAUGCAACGUCUCAUGGGAGAACCGUGUCAAUUGAAUGCCCUUUCGGAUCUUCUUAUCCCGAAAGGGAAUCUGCGACGGGUUCCGCUCGAAGAAGAUGCUUCCUGCUAUCCAAUGGAUCCGUCGCCUGGGGACCCGUCGACUUGGAAAAUUGUAGAGAAGAGAGCUUCAAGCAUGCUGAAGAUUUAACAAGUGAGCUUUGGAUGCUAACGAAAGAUCCGAAACAUUUAAAUAUUGAGCGGUUGGAAGCAGCAACAAGGCAAAUCGAAGGCGUCAUUGAUUAUGCUAUCCAUGAUAAAAAGAUUGCUCAAAAUAUGCUGUCGAUUGUCAGUAACAUGCUUGAUAUUAAUGAUGCUUAUUUAAAAAUGGAUUUUAAUGGCACGACAGUAAAAAGGGUGACAAAUCUCGUGGAUCGUUUCGUAUCUGAAGUAAAACUGCAGCGAGGGGAGAGUUUGACCCUCCACACCGAGAAUUUAGUAGUAAAGGCUGUAUCCUGGGAUCCGGAGAUCAGCGAUGUCUCCGAGGAGGACCUGACGUUCACUGUGCAUUAUCAAGCAAGGAAGAGGCGGGAUUUUGCAGCAGGGAAAGGAAAAUAUCGACCUUUGCCACCCUCGAAAACGUUCUGGGAUGAGCUGCAAGAGGAAACCACCACGUCAUUUGAUAAUGAUGCUGAACUUUCAAUUCCAUUAGAAGCUCUCAUGAUGGCACAGAACCAAACCUUACAAGAACUACGAAUGAAAUUUGUUGCUUAUAAGAACGACAAAUUCUUUCGAGAACGUUCAAGAAGCAAAUUCAUGCAUUGUGAAAACAAUCUACAUUAUCAGAGUCGAUACAAAUGCCUGUCUGAUGAUGCAACCACGUUUUCAGGACGUCGAGUAUUACAGGCCAGUAUUAUAAACGUAACUGUGGCUAAUCUGUCCGAUCCUGUGAUUUACAUGCUGCCUUCUCCCCUAAAUGUCCGUGUAUUCUGCUCAUAUUGGAAAGAAUUAGAACGCGUUUGGUCAACUGACGGUUUAACAACAAACCAAAGUGGCAAUUCCACAGUUUGCUUCUCUUCCCAUAUGACAUCAUUUUCUUUGCUAUUGGAUCCAGUACCUAGUGAUGGAUUUUCGCCUGAUCACAUGCUUACUCUCACUAUAAUAGCCUACAUCGGCUGUGGCCUUUCAAUGUUAGGAUUAGCUCUUACCAUAAUAACGUACUCCAUUUUCAGGUGUCUAAAUCGUGACUAUCCAGGACAAAUUUUACUGCACUUGUGCGUCUCUCUGCUACUGCUCAAUGGCUUCUUCGUGACUGGCUCUCAGCGGGGAAGAGAUUUGGGCGGCUUUGACAUCUGUUUGACAGUUGCGAUCCUCGUUCAUUACUUCGUCCUCUCCACCCUCUCAUGGAUGUGUGUUGAAGCCGUCAACACGUAUCAAUUACUCGUCCAUGUAUUCGUGUCGUCUGAUUCCUAUUUUAUGCUUAAGAGAUCUAUUCUGGCAUGGGGAACACCAUUUGUAAUCGUAGGUCUUACUGUGUUAAUGGAUUGGGAAGUUUAUUACAAUCAAAAUGAAUACUGCAUGCUGUCUCAAGAAAAUCCUUACGUAUAUUACAUCAGUUUCCUGGGACCAUCAUGCUUCAUUCUCUUUGUCAAUCUAGUAGUAUUCCUUAUGGUGACAAGAGUUUUGUUUACACCAAGGAAUGUAUCAGCAAAAAAACCUCCACAGUGUAGUAAAAAGGAAAAAUUCGUCGUCACCACUUCUGAAGUAAAAGGAUCUUUUACAGUAAUGGUUCUUUUCGGAGUCGCGUGGGUAUUUGGUGCCUUUACCUGUGGCGAGGCAAGGCUAAUAUUCCAAUACAUAUUUUGUGUAGCAAAUUCGUUGCAAGGAUUUUUAAUGUUUGUCAUACGAUGUCUUCACUACGAAGAAUCGAGGAGCGCUUGGCACCAGUUGUUGAAGACAGGGACAUUUAAAACACACCGAGGACCUGUACCUUCAGGAAGUUGGUCUGGAAAUUCAAAUACAAGCAAACAGAAUGGCCAUCCAGGGGCAACUAAUAUAGGCAACCAAGAUGUCCAAAAUACACCUUUCAAUACCGACACGUACUGGGGACACGAUAAGGUGCCGGUUGAUGUUGCGACACCAACAAUUAAAGGUGGUUGCCAGGAAGUAAACUACUGUGAAGAUGCAGUCACCAGCUCGUCUGAAGUAGCAAGGGAAUAUGCUGCUGUAACAAGAGCGUCAGCUCAACUUCUGACUUUCGGCGGUAGUAGAAAUACAUUAACGAGUACUGAAAGCAAAGAAGACAGGACUCAAUCAACAAUAAAAAGCAAAAGCAGAUCAAAUUCAGUUUCGUCACAAGAUCGGACAAGAACUUCUGGUACGGACUUGACAAAGAGCCAUUAUACAUUUGGAGUAAAAUCACCCGCAGCAAUGGCAGCAGAAAAUAUCCGAAACCAGUACGCUACUGAUAGUGAACAUCAUCUUAGUUGCAUCAGUUCCCAACCCAAAAGUCGCGAAACUUUCAUAUCUGAUUCAAGUUUGCCAGAAGAAGAAGCUGAGCACCGUGAUGUGAUUGCCGCUAACACAUUAGACAGGACCAUUUUUGCAUCAAAAUCAUCGAGUGUAUUUGGUCGUGCUAAGCCAAACUCUCCUCCUGAUAUGGAGAAAUUAAACUCUUGGCCUAGAACCUUAAGCUCCUUUUUGGGUGGAAAAGAACUGUUAAAAGACACAGCUCCUGACACUAGUGACUGUCCAAUAUUAAGUCAGAAAACUGUUAUUGACUGUAAAGAAAGUCAUCCAUGCCAAGUGAUACCACUCCAAGUGAGGCCAACUAUUCCAUCCGUAGUAUCUCCGUUUUCACCAUCUCGGCGAGAAAGUGAUUUGAUGCACCUUAGUCAACACUCAUCUUUUAGCGAUACUGCUUCUUUGCCAGAACGUCACUGCAACCAAAGCCAUCACUACUAA